UGAGUGUUUUCAUAAACAAACCACGGCUUUCUCCCGUCGGGGCCGCUUCACUCUCUCCUGCCAGCCUGCCAGCGCAGUCGAAUUCCAGCUCCCGUUUUUAACGGAGGUCUUGAUAGAACUUUGAGAACUGCUUUGGAUUCAAAACAGAAACGCGGGUGAACGGGCCCCGCUGCUACAGCCAGGGGCUGGCUGUGUUGUCUGUUUUUUUUUCCGCGAACCGUCAGCGCGUGGUCGACUGUUGCACGGGCUGACCUGCACGGAAAACAAACCCACCUACCUGCUUCUUUCUUCGUGUGCUUUUUUUGAACUGUCAGUGACAUUUGGCCGCCGUGUAAACUGUAAGGAGCCUCUGUGUUAUCAGUCAUGGUGAAGCUGACAAAGGCCAAGACUUUCCAGGCAUACCUGGACUCCUGCCACCGUCGUUACAGCUGCGUGCACUGCCGCGCCCAUCUGGCUAACCAUGACGACCUUAUCUCCAAGUCUUUCCAAGGCAGUCAGGGACGAGCCUACCUCUUUAACUCUGUGGUCAACGUGGGCUGUGGCCCCGCAGAGGAGAGGCUGCUGCUAACAGGACUUCACGCAGUGGCUGACAUCUACUGUGAAAACUGUCACACCACACUGGGCUGGAAAUAUGAACAAGCCUUUGAACUCAGUCAGAAGUACAAGGAGGGGAAGUACAUCAUCGAGCUCUCCCACAUGAUAAAGGACAACGGCUGGGACUGAGAGGACAGAUCCCCAUCUUUCUCCAUGACUUUUCAUUUUUAAAGAGUUGCAUCCCCUCGACUUAAAAGGGUUCAUGUGUAGCUUUCCUCAUCCCGCGCUCGAGCCCUGGCUGUGCCACCCUUUCACUUCAUACAGCUUUGCCAAGAAUAGCAUGUGAUGCCUUAUCUUCGUUCUUAAUGUCUUUUCAGCAACCACAACAAGACAUGUGCUGAUAUUGUUGUCCUUAUUAUUAGCUGAGCAAGGGCAUGGAGACUGAGUGAAUGGUUCAUGUGUGUGGGUGUGCGGUUGUGGGUGUGUGGAAGAUGGCGCGACACAAGCACCAUUGUGUGUGUGUGUGUUUGAUCUUAAAGAUCAAAACUUUAUCGUAGCGACUGCUGAACAGUCGUCCUCUGUGGGGGCGAAGCCCAUAAAAGUCUAAAGAAUUUGAUCUUGGACAUUAAAUUCAGGGAUUUGGGGUUUCAUUUUUGAGUCUUAUGUUCAUGUUUAAAUCUGGCCCAGAUCCAGUGGAGUACAGCAUAUUUCUUUUUCUUUUUAAACCCAUGCGAUAGAGGUAAGAAGGUUCCUUUUUUUCGUUUUACAUAAAAAAAAGUUUAGUUUCUUUUAUGGCAACAAACACUAUUUGCAUAUUUGCCAAGCAUGAUGGGGGUGUAAAACUGGUCGUAUUAGGCCUGCAAGAACCUCCUGCAAGAAUUCUUAAGUCUGUAGAAUAAGUUUUCCUUUCACAAGUGUAACUUUUAGGGCGUGUGUGUGGACGCAGUGUAUGUUUAGGCAUCUUAAGCUAGACGAUGUUGAGAAGCAUUAGUCUGGAGUUGGUUCCCUACCGGAGUUUUCACUGCACACCUGAGUUGUCUUCACUUCCAUUUAAUGCUGAGGAGAUCUAUCUUUUAUACAUUAUCUAACACAGAGCUGUCCCUGCAGUAGCUAUGUCGUGUUAGUCCAAAGUGUGGUUAGGAUAUUGUAGAAUAUUUAUGGUGAUUUUUAAUGUCUGCUUUUCAUUAAAAUGUUUUUAUUUUAACCUGGUUCUAUCAUUAAACUAUGGUUUGCCAGUAACA